AUGUCGGCGCUCUACGGGAUCAACGCUAAUAACGACGCCACUGCUGCAAGGCAGGGUGCUCCAGGCGCAGGCUCAACUGGUAACAAUGUGCCUGCUGCUGACAAGCAAACCGACGACGAAGCGAUCAACGAGAAGCCCUCAUCAUCACCUGCCGACACUCUAGGUAAAGAUGAGGAAGACGAAGACUCAGAGAUGGAGCGAAGAACCUCUAUUGUUCAGGCCCUCGCUCGCUCUUAUUCGCACGCCUCUGCCACUCACCCUAACGGACAGAAUCCUUUCCAGGCUGGCGAGGAUUCACCUCUGAACCCCAACUCUCCCAAUUUUAACGCUCGCGAAUGGGCAAAGUCUGUCGUGGAAUUAGUUCACCAAGACGGCGCUAACUUCCGAUCUGCUGGUGUUUGCUACCAGAACCUCAAUGUCUACGGUUAUGGUGGUGCUAGCGAUUACCAGGGCGAUGUCGCAAAUGUGUGGCUCUCUCUGGGCGACCUUGUUGGAAGAGUCACUGGUCGCAAGCGACAGCGCAUUGAUAUUCUGCGCAACUUUGAUGGUGUUGUGCAUAAGGGCGAAAUGCUUGUCGUUCUUGGACCUCCCGGUGCUGGCUGCUCCACCACGCUCAAGACCAUCGCUGGUGAACUCAAUGGUAUCUACGUCGAUGAGGGGUCUUACUUCAACUACCAAGGUAUGACCGCCAAGGAGAUGCACUCCCACCACCGUGGUGAGGCUAUCUACACCGCCGAGAUUGAUGUUCAUUUCCCUAUGCUGUCUGUUGGUGAUACCCUCACCUUCGCUGCUCGAGCUCGACAGCCCCGUCAGCUUCCUCAGGGCUUGAACAGAAACGACUUUGCCGAUCACCUCCGAGAUGUUGUCAUGGCUAUGUUUGGUAUUUCUCACACCGUGAAUACCCGCGUCGGUAACGAGUACAUCCGUGGUGUCUCGGGUGGUGAGCGCAAGCGUGUUACCAUUUCUGAGGCUGCCUUGUCUGGUGCUCCUCUGCAGUGCUGGGAUAACUCAACUCGAGGUCUCGACUCCGCCAACGCCAUCGAAUUCUGCAAGACCCUCCGUCUUCAAACCGAGCUUUUCAACAACACCGCUAUUGUGUCCAUCUACCAAUCGCCUCAGAGCGCUUAUGACCUGUUUGACAAGGCCACUGUCAUCUACGAGGGCCGACAAAUCUUCUUUGGCCGCGCUGAUGCUGCUAAGCAGUACUUUAUCAACCUGGGUUUCGAGUGCCCUGCCCGCCAGACCACCCCUGAUUUCCUCACUUCCAUGACUGCUCCUAACGAGCGAAUCGUUCGUGACGGUUUCAAGGGCAAGGUUCCUCGAACCCCUGAUGAGUUUGCUACCGCUUGGAGAAACAGCGCCGAGUACAAGGCUCUGCAGGCCGAGAUUGAAGACUACAAGGUCGCUCAUCCCAUCAACGGCCCAGACGCUGAGGCUUUCCGUGCUUCCAAGCAAGCUCAGCAGGCUAAGCGACAGCGUGUUAAGUCUCCCUACACUCUCUCCUACUCCCAGCAGAUCCAGCUUUGUUUGUGGCGUGGAUGGCUGCGACUCAAGGGUGACCCUGGUAUCACUGUUGGCUCUCUUAUUGGUAACUUCGUCAUGGCUCUUAUUAUCGGUUCCGUCUUCUUCAACCUGGAUGAAACUUCAAGCAGUUUCUUCCAGCGUGGUGCUCUCCUGUUCUUUGCUGUUUUGAUGAACGCUUUCGCAAGUGCUCUCGAGAUUCUGGCCCUGUAUGCGCAACGUCCAAUUGUUGAAAAACACAGUCGUUAUGCAUUAUAUCAUCCGUCUGCAGAAGCUAUAUCUUCGAUGCUGUGCGACAUGCCCUAUAAAAUCGCCAACACGAUCGUUUUCAACAUUACGCUUUAUUUCAUGACAAACCUAAAACGCGAGCCAGGAGCCUUCUUCUUUUUCAUCCUUAUGUCUUUCGUUGUGGUUUUGGUCAUGUCCAUGAUCUUCCGUACCAUUGCGUCCGCUACUCGCAGUUUGUUCCAGGCUCUUGUCCCGGCCGCCAUUCUCAUUCUGGAUCUUGUCAUUUUCACCGGCUUCGUCAUUCCAAAGCGCUACAUGCUCGGAUGGUGCAAAUGGCUCUACUGGAUCGACCCUAUCGCCUACGCUUUUGAGGCUGUCGUCGUCAACGAAUUCCACAACCGCGACUACACUUGCAACGAGUUCGUUCCUAGCCCUUCGGUUCCUGGAUACGGAGAUGUUGCAACGGAGAACCGUGUGUGCAGUGCUGUUGGAGCUGAACCUGGAAGAGCUGCUGUAAACGGUGACCGAUACGCCGAGCUGCAGUUUGGAUACAGAUGGGAGAACCGCUGGCGCAACUUUGGUAUCGUUAUCGCAUGGAUCAUUCUUUUCACUUUCACCUACAUGGUUGCCGCCGAACUCGUUUCUGAGAAGAAGUCCAAGGGUGAAGUCCUUGUCUACCGACGCGGUCACAAGCCUGCUGCCGUUGCCAAUGCUGAGAAGAAGCAUAGCGACCCUGAGGCUGCUAUGGCUCACAUUGGUCCCGUUGUCACUGCUGAACGCACUCGAAGCCGAACCCACAAGGAUGGCGGUAUGCUCCAGGAACAGACCUCGGUCUUCCAGUGGCAUGAUGUCUGCUAUGAGGUUAAAAUCAAGGACGAAACCCGUAAGAUUCUGGAUAAUGUCGAUGGCUGGGUCAAGCCUGGUACCCUGACAGCCCUGAUGGGUGUUUCUGGUGCCGGUAAAACCACUCUGCUUGAUUGUUUGGCCGACCGUACAUCUAUGGGUGUUAUCACAGGCGAGAUGUUGGUCGAUGGUAACCCUCGAGACAUGUCCUUCCAGCGCAAGACCGGUUAUGUUCAGCAACAGGAUCUUCACCUUCAGACCUCGACCGUCCGAGAGGCCCUCAACUUCAGUGCCCUCCUACGCCAGCCCGCUCACGUCCCUAAGCAGGAGAAGCUCGACUAUGUGGAACAGGUUAUCAAGCUCCUUGAUAUGGAAGAAUAUGCCGAUGCCGUGGUUGGUGUUCCUGGUGAAGGUCUCAACGUUGAGCAACGUAAGCGUCUUACUAUCGGUGUCGAACUUGCUGCCAAGCCUCCUCUGCUGCUCUUCGUUGAUGAGCCUACAUCUGGUCUCGAUUCUCAAACCUCUUGGGCUAUUUUGGAUCUUCUUGAGAAGUUGACAAACGCCGGUCAAGCCAUUCUCUGCACUAUUCAUCAGCCCUCUGCAAUGUUGUUCCAACGCUUCGACCGACUCCUUUUCCUUGCCAAGGGUGGCAAGACUGUCUACUUUGGUGAUAUCGGCGAGAACUCCAAGACCAUGACCAGCUACUUUGAGCGUUACGGUGGACACUCCUGUCCCCCUGAGGCUAACCCCGCUGAAUGGAUGUUGGAAGUUAUUGGUGCUGCUCCCGGAUCUCACACCGAACUCGACUGGUUCCAGACUUGGCGUGACAGCCCCGAAUAUCAGGAAGUCCAGGCCGAACUUGAGCGUAUCAAGCGUGAGAAGCAGGGCGUUGAGGAUACCGAUGUCGAUGACGGUAGCUACCGCGAGUUCGCUGCUCCCUUCAUGGUCCAACUCAAGGAGGUCCUCUUCCGUGUUUUCCAACAGUACUGGCGUACUCCCGUCUACAUCUACUCCAAGGCUGCUCUCUGCUCUCUCGUCGCUCUCUUCAUCGGUUUCGUCUUCUUCCGAGCCCCCAACAGUAUCCAGGGUCUUCAGAACCAGAUGUUCGCCAUCUUCAACUUGCUUACUAUCUUUGGUCAACUCGUACAACAGUCUAUGCCUCAAUUCGUCAUUCAGCGUUCCCUCUACGAGGUUCGUGAACGUCCUUCCAAGGUCUACUCAUGGAAGAUCUUCAUGUUAGCGCAGAUUAUCGUCGAAUUGCCUUGGAAUAGUUUGAUGGCUGUUAUCAUGUUCUUUGGCUGGUACUACCCUGUCGGUCUUUACAACAACGCUUCUGAUGCCGGUCAAACUACCGAACGUGGUGCCCUUAUGUUCUUGCUACUAUUGGCUUUCCUCAUCUUUACUGCUACCUUCUCCACUAUGAUCAUCGCUGGAUUCGAAACAGCUGAGGGUGGUGCCAACGUUGCUAACCUGUUGUUCAUGCUUUGCCUGAUUUUCUGUGGUGUCCUCGCUCCCAAGGGAACUCUACCCGGCUUCUGGAAGUUCAUGUACUACGUGUCCCCGUUCACAUAUCUAGUCGGAGGCAUGUUAGCAACAGGUGUCGCCAAUACGGAAGUCACCUGCGCUAGCAACGAACUCGUACCCAUCACACCACCCAAUGGUUCAACUUGUACUGAGUACAUGGGUGACUAUAUCAAGGCUGUCGGCGGUUACUUCGUUGACCCCGAUGCCACCUCCAACUGCGAGUUCUGCACUGUUCAGUACACCAACACGUACCUCGCCGGCGUCAACAUUGACUACGCCGACCGAUGGCGCAACUUUGGUCUUCUGUGGGUGUACAUCAUCUUCAACAUGGGUGCUGCACUUUUCAUCUACUGGCUUGCGCGUAUGCCCAAGAAGAGCUUCAAGAAGAAGACCGUCAAGAAGGAGUAA